UACGCUGCGCUGCCAGGGAGUCUAAAGGUGGUCCCUGACUCUCUCUCUCUCUCUUUCUGCCAAGUGAGAGAGCUCUGUCCGACCCCCAACCACCCCCCCCACCCACCACCUCACAAACCCUGAACAGUGUGUGUGUGAGAGAGAGAGGAUUCCACGAUCCAGUUUACUUUUCUCCAAAAUACAUUUUCUUUUUGUCUUGCUGUUGGGAGCAAGGUUGUAAAAAAUCCGAAUCAAAGCGGCUAAGCUCAGUAUUUCCAAAGGAGGACCUAAGGCUGUGAUCCGAUUAAGCACCAAACGUCGUUGGAGAAAUCCCCGGGAUUCGGGAUCUGUGGAACCGAUCGAGUGUGAUCUUGUGCCGGGUGCAGGUUAAACAUGCUAAAUGCGCCUCUUCACAUCGGCUGGAUCUGUAUCUGCUUGGUUUCUGCUGCACCGCUACACGAGACAGGUGACAAUGAGAAGAUAGUCAAUAUAAAGAAGGUACAGCACUUGCCGGUCGUCAGGGGAUUAUCGGAUUCAGCUUUCCUGCCCUGCGUCUUCUCCGUGCUUCCGAGCUCAGCCAUCGACCCUUCUUUGCUCCCUGACCCCCCACGCAUCAAGUGGACUAAAGUCUUGCUGGAUGGGGGCAGCCGGAAGGAAAUCCCCGUGCUGGUUGCCAAGAACAACACAGUGAAGUUCAACCCGGCCUAUCAGGGCCGAGCCAGUCUGCCUGGGUAUGGCCCCUACCCAUACAAUGCCAGCCUCGAGAUUGUCUCUUUGCAAGCAAGUGACACAGGAAUCUACCAGUGUGAAGUGGUCGUGGGGAUUGAUGAUGAGCAAGACACAGUACCUUUGGAGGUCCUGGGGGUGGUGUUCCACUAUCGCGCUGCCAGCAACAGGUACUCCCUCAGUUUCGAGGCUGCAUCGCAGGCCUGCCUGGACAACUCAGCGAGAAUCGCAAGCCCCCAGCAAUUGCAGGCUGCUUUCCAGGACGGCUUCGACCACUGCGACGCUGGCUGGGUUUCUGAUCAAACUGUCAGAUACCCGAUCAGGUCACCAAGACCUGGUUGCUACGGGGAUAAGUUUGAAUAUCCUGGCAUCAGAACCUAUGGAAUCCGAGAUCCGAAUGAGAAGUAUGAUGUCUACUGUUACAUCAAGGAACUUAAAGGCAAUGUAUUUCAUGAGACGACCACUCUGAAAUUGAACCUGACUGAGGCCAUGCAUCAAUGCCAGAUGCAGGGAGCUGAACUAGCAACUGCUGGCCAACUGUACAUGGCCUGGAGUCAGGGCUUCGAUCAGUGCGACGCCGGCUGGUUGGCAGAUGGCAGUGUGCGUUAUCCCAUUAACAUCCCUCGAAAGAAUUGUGGCGGAGAUACACCAGGGGUGAGGACAGUUUACCAGCUCCCAAACAGGACCGGCUUUCCUGAUGCCAGCUUAAAGUACGAUGCCUAUUGUUACAGAGCUGGUGAUGUACAGCCAUCCACAAAGGAGAGGAUGUAUCUUAAAGGAGCUUCUGCAUUGGCAAAUUCAGAGCUACAGAUUCCACAACUAUCCAUGGAACAAGGAGGAAGUGGAAGCUCAAACACAGCAGCACCUAUUUCGGGCAAGCUGUCCCUCAAAGAAUGGUCCUUACUCUCUGGGACUGAACUCACUGAGCUGUCAAAGCCAGUGGAGGAACCACCAUCCCACAAUCUCGCUGUCACACAACAGACGGUGCAGCAACAUCUGGAACAACACACCCUAACACCUGAUACAGAACAGCACCACUUCUCUGAAAAUGGCUCCUCACUCUCCACUGUCCCAGAGGAGCACAACUCAAGUCCAAUUGCCUCCGGCAAUUUACCCCCAGUCAACAGCAGGAACUCUUCAGGGAGUCUGUCCGAUGUGUUAAAGGAGCUGGACAUUUAUGAGGGAAGUGGGCUGGAUUACAGUGGUGACCACGUUGACAACUCAACCAGGGCAUUGUUCUUGGCCAGAGAUGGAAGCCCAACCGUGACAUCUGAGGGGCCGAAAGAGGAAGAAUCUCAUAACUCCAGUGACCUAAUCUUAGAAAGCCUUACUCUCGUCGCGCCUGAAACUAUAACCAUCACAUUAAAUCCAAAAGAGAAAACCAGUGCCACACAAGGUCAAAGAUCUGAAAGAGAACCAACGCAGGAGCCAGCGUCUAUUACUCUUAGCAGAACACCUCCUGGCAUUUCAACGCCUUCAGCUUCUACUGAUUCGGAUGGAUUCAGGCCGCAACCUGUGACGAUGAGUUUAUCGGCUAAAGAUGUGAAAUUGGACAUUGUUGUUAUUGGUGAAUCCAAUGAACUGCCUCCACUGGGGCAAGAAACUAUGGCCAAAAAUGAGCUUGACAGUGACUGGGAGUUCUUGGGGAAACAAUUCUUGAAAAGCAAGGCUACUCAAGUGAUGACUAUUGACCUUUCCAACCAGCAACUUGAUAAUCUACCCAACGUUGAACAUGAAACGAUCAGAAGCAUUAUUAAAGGCCCCACAGUAGUUACAGAGCAAGUCUUAACCAGUGCAUCACAAGAGCCAUCGCAUAUUCCAACUCCUUCCUUCAUUGCAACUGAACCAAAAGCAUGGCCACAAGUUGCCAAAGGACAACCAAGAAGAGAAAAUUCCAGAGCUCACCUCACCAAUGAGAAGGAUCAGGAGCAAGUCAUCACACCACUCCCUGGGAAUGAGCAGGAUGGUACAAAGUUCAAGAGGGCUAAUGAGGAGCUUUGGCUGUCAGAGAGACAAAGUCACAAAACUGAGAAAUCAUCUUCGACUGAAACAACUGAAAUAACCACCAUCAGAAAUGAAGAGAAUGAUUCUUCCCCCCAAGAGAGAGAAAAUUCCAGAAACAUUACCACAGUGAGAGAUAAUUCAAGCGCUAACACUGUAGGUAGAACUUACUUAGAACUGGCCACUGAAGCAUCUGGUGAUGUGGCUCCCAAAGAUGAUAGAGAAUAUCUUUCGGCAGUGACUAACCACACAGAGCUCAUUAGGAAAUUGGGAGAAUACGGUCAACACCAGGAGGGAAAUAAUUCUCAAUCUUCAAACAUUAGCAACGAGGCAUGGAAAGAGCAAGCUCCACGAUCCAAGCUUGUUUCAUUGCUGUUACCAAACGUCAGCAAGAACACAAUUCCUCCUGGCGAGAACAGAACUACAGACGUACGUGAGGGAGAGAAGACGAUGGCUGUGGUAAAUGUUACACAUGGGAUGAGGGACAUACGGCCUCACAGUGUCACAGCUCACCCUGGUGGAGAAUCCUCUGAGCAUACCUCUGUUCCAGUGAGGCCCUCGACGGGGUAUACAAGCCUCAUUCAAGAGGGAUCUAGCACCUUGGCAGCUCGUGACUUUGGAGGAAGUGGCGAUGGAGAAACAAGUUUCUCAAACCAGCACCAGAUUGGUUUGGAUGCUGCCGAAAGUCAUUCAGGACUUGUAUCUGGACACAAGAUCGAUAGAGACGAAAGAGGGUCUUUGGCGGACGGUGUGCCAGAACUUCUCAAAGAGGAGGAACUCCAAGACACAACAUUGGCUUUUGAGGGACACAUUAAAGAUGUUACACAACCCACUCUGCAUUCCACAACACUCACUGAUACCUCAAUAUCAGAAGGCAGCGAAGAACAUUUGACAGAAGAAACAGGGCAGACAUAUUCAAUAACGCCAGGGAGAGACAAAGAAUCCCUGAAUGGGUUGGAUGGAAGUCAGCCCCUCGGUAAACAAAAUCCAAGCACUGUUCAGCCUUCUGUAGUAAGUGCAACAGAUGAAAAUGAAACAAACAGUCAACCACCUACAAAGAAACUGAUAGCUUGGUAUGAGAUUCAGCAAACAAUGAAUAAACUGUCUGAAACAGAAAGAGAAGAUAUUAUAACAGUGACGAGUGCCUCAGAAAUUGGAUUAUUGUUACAUGGAGAGAAGCCGCAGUAUAAAAUUGAAAAAUCUCCCAAGGCCCAUAGAGACCAGUCAAAAGCAGUAACAUUAGCUUCAGGAAGCACAAUGCUUGCUAAUACAUCAAUUGAGUUAGGACAGGGACCAUUACACUCAACAACGUCAAAUGUUGUCAGGAAUACGGAGAGUGCGUUGACAAGUGUAACAGGAACAGUUGACAGAAAAGAAGGCACUGGAGUAUCUGGCCUCAGUCCAACAGCCAAGUCAGUUAUCCACGUUGUCAAGGAAACUGAGGAAGCAACGCUUGCAGUUACAGUCACGCCCAUUACUCAUGAUUCACAUGCAGAAUUGGAGCUUCCAAGGACAUUAGCCCUCACAGCAGAACAGUCAACGGUGGCCACUGUCUUAGGCACAACUGGUCUAGGAGAGGAAGAAUUACAGAGAUUGGAAAGGCUAGAGAGAGCUGGUGAAGACACUGCUUCCACGGAAAGUCCUGUGCUGUUCACUUCUGUUCCAUUUUCUACCCCGCUGCACAAUCUGAGCUUCUCUCAUCAUGAACCUGCAAUAGAAGUGUACAAUAGCAUGGAGCACAUGAUUCCAUCUGUGCCUCACGAUGCAGAAACUCUACCCUUGGAAACACGGAUGCCUUCUUCAUAUGAAGAAGCUGAUGGCUCGGGGGCAGCAGAGCAGAAAUUAGUCACCACUGGCCAAAUGACUGAGGAUCUGACUGGGUCCGCCUCAGAGCAAAAGAAAGACAGCUCAGCAGUAACUCCAUCCAUCAUUAGCAUCAAUGACUUGUAUGAAGGACUGGUCUUUCCAAUAACAGAGGACUCUAACCCUUGCCAGACUAACCCAUGCCUACAUGAGGGAACCUGCCUGUCCAAUGGAACCGUCUACACCUGCAACUGUGUUCCGGGAUUUACUGGGGAAAACUGUGAGAUAGAUAUUGAUGAAUGUCACUCCAGCCCCUGUGAAAAUGGUGCAACCUGCGUUGAUGGAGUCAGUUCCUUCACUUGUCUCUGCUUACCAAGUUAUGCUGGCAGGUUAUGUGAAGAAGAUACUGAGGGGUGUGAUCACAACUGGCAGAAGUUCCUGGGCCACUGCUAUCGGUACUUUUCGCACAGGCGAUUGUGGGAGAAUGCAGAGAAGGAUUGCCGAGGCCAUGGGGCACACCUUGUCAGCAUACACUCAGCCGAGGAGAAGGAGUUCUUAAACAGUCUGGGUCGGGAGUAUGCUUGGAUUGGCCUGAAUGAUAGGACCAUCGAGGAGGAUUUCCAAUGGACUGAUGGCACUUCGUUGCAAUAUGAAAACUGGCGGGAAAACCAACCAGAUAGUUUCUUCGCUGGAGGAGAGGACUGUGUGGUCACAAUCAAACAUGAAAAUGGGAAGUGGAAUGAUGUACCAUGUAACUAUAACCUGCCCUACAUCUGUAAGAAGGGAACAGUGCUCUGUGGUCCACCCCCUGUUUUGGAACACGCUGUGCCAAUUGGCAGGAAGAAAGCUCGUUAUGAGAUCCACUCAGUGGUCAGGUACCAGUGUGAUGAGGGCUUCAUUCAACGUCACAUCCCAACCAUCAAGUGUCACAGCAACGGCAAGUGGGAUAAGCUGAAAAUCCUCUGCCUAAACCCUGCCUCUGGCAACCGCAGAUCACGAAGGCAUCAGCAUAAAUCCAGCAGAAAAGACAAGCGAAAGCACAAAAGGAACCUGGACUUUCAACAACUGUAUAUGAAGCCCUUCUACUGAGCAGACCAGGCACUGAGCGAGAGUUACGAGGUGGGGGGGCACAGGAUUGCGAGUUCACAAUACUGAAAUCUUACAAAAUGUUUCAUUUCAAACACCACCCCUUCAGGGGAAGGAAGGGGCUUUUUUUUAGUUUCAGAGAAUUCUGUCACGUAUUUUUCUAAAAAAAUUUAUUGCGGGGCUUAAAGAAAAACGUUGUUGACCAACAGUCAAUGGUUGGUGAAAUGAGAACAGUGGUUAGGAUCACUGAAGAAACAGCAAAUAUUUAAUCUCAGUUGUAAACAAAAGACUAUCCCGUAAUCCUUUACUAUUGGAAAAGGCACAAUGGUAUUUUCUGUUACCUGAUUACUAGAUUACAAAUGAGGCUGGUUUAGACACUAGAUUGAUUAUGGGCCCAGUAGACACUUCCCCAUAUAACUGCACUGUGCCAUGCUAGUAACAAACCCAUUAAUGUAUUUGCCAUACCCUUUCUGAACUCGUUAAAUUCCAUUAAUUGAAAACAGGUUAACACUUUCAUUAAAUAACAGACAGAGAAAUUUUGUGGGAAUUCUUUACUGGGUUUCCUUACUGGCUAUUGCCUGCACCCUUCGACUGCAGCUCCAAUUAAAGCCAAUUUCUGAGGGAAAUGUUAG